AAGCACCACAUUUAGGCACCCACACAAAAGUCCCUUUCGGUACCAUCCCAAAAUCAGUCCUUGUUGGAACGGAAACAUGAGGGUCCUGCAGGGCGGCAAAAGCUUCCUGAACAUCAGCAAAUGCAGUGUGCGAUGGUGCAGCAAGGGCAAGUCAUAUAUUCCACCAAAAGAGCUUUCCGAAAUGGCCAAGAAAUCCAUGGCAGCUCGCAAACUUAUUUUUUCCACUCGUCUAGAACCAAAAAGUAAGAAGCCAUCAGAAACUCCAACUUUGGAAAUAAUUUGCAGGGCUCUAGCAUCAGUGAACUCUGCAGGAAAAUCGGGAAGUUCAGGUGAUGUUGGCAAGUCAAAGGAGCCAAUUAAAAGUGAAAACAAGGAUCAAAUUCCGAUUGGUUUCAACAGCGAGACAAAAGAGAAAAAACCGAAUUGUACCCGAGUUGUUCCAAGAGAGCAUUUUUCACCACAACCGAAAGUUCAAUCAGAACCUCUUGAAAUUAAAUCGCAAAUUCCUAUAAUAUUUAAUUGUAAAACAUGUAGUGAAACACCUGUGAAAACUCAAGCAGCUUUUGGAUUAAUGAUUGUUAAUUGCAAAACUUGCAGUGGAGAUGGCGGUAACCAAUUUGGAGAAUCGAUAUUGGGAAGUGCAAUACCCUCGCAAAAAGUAAAUAAUACAAAGCAAAUUGAUAGCGUUGUGAGGAAGCUCUCAAAAACUCCUCCAAAACCUUCAAGUAGCAAAGAUCCGUCCUCAAAAAAUGAUGUAAAAGCUUCUGCACAACCUGAAAAAUCACCAGAAUCAACACCUCUUGAAGAGAGAUUUUCCAUGCCUCAGAAGAACGCUUUUCCCAUUGGAAGAAAUCCCUGCGUGGAUGGCAAGAAAAAAGGCAAGCCAGCUGGUGAUUUAAAGCAAUCUACGGGAAGAUGUGCAAAUCAAGGUAAACCUAUAAUUGAAGGUAAUAUUCCAGAUGCUAAUGUUAAAUUGAAUGCGCCGGAAACAAAAAAAUCUCCUGUAGUUGCUACAGUUGAAGCAAAGCCAAAAGUCGAACAGCCGAUAAAAAAUAUCCCACCAACAGAGAAAAAUGGCGGAAGUCCUUGUAAGGAAGGUAAAAGAGAUGUAGAUAAACCUAAAUGUUCAAGCCCAAAACCGGAAAAAAAAGAGCCGCUUGUUGAGCAAUGUAAGGAAGAAAAGAAAAAAGAAAAAUGCCCAUCUGAAAAACAAAACGAGAAACCGAAGUGUAAAGGGGUAGCUACUGUUCCAAGUGAUUCCCCUAAAGUUAAGUCAAAACCACCAGAAAGUAUUUUAACAAAACCAAAACUACCAGAGGAAAAAUUACGUAAACAAGGUAUUGCCAAUCCAGAGCAACCAAAGGAUAAGCCAGUAAAUCCUCCGAUUAAAGCUACUGCUCCUCCAAAACCCUCUCCAAAGUCAGAACCACAAUCCCCAGAAGAAAAGCCACCACCAAUAUCAACUUCCAGGUUUUCCAUGCCCCUUUUGAUGGCUUUUCCCCAGGGCAGAAAUCCUUGCCGAGAUGGACCCAGGAAAGCAGCUAAAGCAGAGCCUAAGGAAGCUGAAGGAGAUUCCUGUGAAUCAGAACCAGAUCCUUGUGCUUUAGCUAAGAAAAAACCGGAUGGUUGCUCCAUGAAAACUUCCCUAGCUUCGGAAGCUUCCAAAACCGCUGAAAAAGUUAUCGACUCUACUCCAGCAACUAAAGAUUCCUCCAAAGAUAAAGAUUCCCCAGCAGUUAAGGGUUCCUUACCAACUAAAGAAAUUAAAGUCUCUGUGGAUCCUUCAGCUGAUAAGAAAAUUGAAAAAUCUAAAGACCUUCCUGCGUGUAAAGAAAUCGAGGUCUCUGUGGAUCCAUCAGCUACUAAAUGGUGUCUAAAAGUCCCUGGGGAUCCUUCUCCUGAUAAGAAAAUUGAAAUAUCUAAAGAACUUCCUGCUGCUAAAGAUAUUAAAGUAUCUGUGAAUCCUUCAGCUGAUAAGAAAAUUGAAAUAUCCAAAGAACUUCCUGCUGCUAAAAUAAAGGUCUCUGUGGAUCCUUCAGCUGAUAAAAAAAUCAAAGUCUCUGCGGAUCUUCCAACCGUUGAAGUGCAAGCUGCCGCCCAAAAAGCUCAACCAAAUUCUCAAUCUAAAAAAGUGAAGAGAUCUGAUAAAAGCUGCGAAAUAAAACAAGAUUGCAUUUACAAACCGAAACAAUCGAAGUACAAAUGUGACGAGAGUUCCGAAACAGAAAAGGUUGACGAUUCAGAAACUGAACCCGAAUUAAAGAAGUUUCCAGCUCUUCCCCUGAAACAAAGUCUCGCAAGUUAUGUAAGCAGCAUUGAGCCACUUCUCACAAAGGAGGAGCUCAAAGAGGAGAUGGAAAUAACCAAAAAGUUUCUGGAGAACGAGGGAAAGGAUCUGCAGGAGCUCCUGGAGAAAGAGGCAGAAUCUAGCAGCAAUUGGCUAACGCCACGAUGGACCCAAGCUGCAUAUUUGACCUACCAGGCUCCCCUUACCGUCUUCUCAAGUCCCGGCAUCUCAUUUCCCAUUCAAGAGUUCAAGGAACCCAUCGAUUACGUCAACUUUGCUGCCAAGGCGAUUUACGCAACUUUCGAGUUUAAACAGCUGAUUGACCAAAACAAAAUUCCAGUGGUCAAGAUGGGUAGUGACCAUCUGGACAACAGUCAAUUCUGUAAAAUCUUUGGCACAGUUCGAAAGCCAGGACGAUUCUGCGAUACUCUAGAGCAGCACGAUGGUUCUAAAUAUGUUGUGGUCGUACAUAAAAAUAACUACUUUAAGUUGCCAGUCUGUUCGGAAGGUUGUCCAUUGCAUGUGAACAGUUUGCGAGAUGCCCUGCAGGAGAUCAUCGACUGUCCCCAGAAGAAGGGGGAACCCAUUGGCCUGCUGACCCACGACAACAGGAGCAAUUGGGCCGAGGCCCGCGGAGUACUCAGUUGUCCACAUGGCAAUGUCGACUCCAUCCAGGCCAUCGAGCAAUCCCUGUUCGUGGUCUGCCUGGAUCAGUGUCUGCCCAUUGCGAAGGGCAAGGAGAGAGUACUCCAAGCACACCAGCUCCUCCACGGCGGAGGACUCCGGGAAAAUAGCGCCAAUCGAUGGAUGGACAAAACCAUCCAGCUGAUCGUGAACCCAAAUGGAUUGGCUGGUUUUUGCUACGAACAUUCCCCCGCCGAUUGUCAGCCGUUGGCCAUGUUGAUGGACUUUGUCCACCAGAAAGUUACGGAGGAGAACUAUGGUUGCGACUCCGGUAAUUCGGAAAAGGAAAUCACCACAACUCUGCUGAAAUUUCAGCCCAUAAAUGAUUGCAUUAACUUGUGGUUGUGCCAAGCAAUGCGAAAUAUUUACAAGAUCUCAACUCAGGUGCAGUUGAACGUAUUCGACUUCGAUUGCCAUGGAAAGUGUUUCAUCAAGGCCCAGGGUCUAAAUCCAGAUAGCUACAUACAGAUGGCAAUUAGUUUAGCGUACUACUCCAUGUACAAGAAAAUACCCGCGCAGUACGAGCCCGCUCACUUGAGGAUUUUCACUGAGGGAAGAACCGAAGCCAUUAGAUCCACAUCUAAUGAAUCGAAGGCCUUCAUUUUGGCCAUGGAAUCGGAAAGCGCUUCCGAUAAAGUGAAAUUGGCAGCUCUUCACAGUGCGGUGGAUGCCCACGAAAAGUUGACCAAGGAGGCCCUAAUUGGCCAGGGAAUCGAUCGCCAUCUGUUUGGUCUGCAGCAAAUGGCCAAGGAGAACUGCAUUCCUCUACCGGAAUUCUUCCAAUCAAAGGGUUUCAUUAAAUCCGUUACCUUUCAGCUCUUCACCUCCCAGGUGGCCACUUCCAACGAAGGAUUCAUGUCGCACGGACCCCUUUUAUCCGAUGGCUACGGCAUCUGCUACAAUCCCCAGGAGAAAAAGAUAAUAUUCUCCAUCUCCGCCUGGCAAACUUGCCCAACAAUAAGCCCUGUGAAGUUUAGUAAGGCCAUCAAGAGAUCCCUAAAUGCCAUGAGGAAACUGAUCCUGAAAACAGGAGGCGAUCGCGUGGGCGAAGAUCCUUGCAAGUGCGAGAAAGUACUAACCUAAAAAGGGAAUUUCUUACGGAUACCCUCAUGUUUUUCGUUUCAUAACAAGGCAAAUAAACACUUGAGAUGCAUUAA